UAAAACCGGUAUCAGGGCCCAGGGCCUUCCGCCAUCAUGUCGUCCGUGAAGGUGGCGGUCCGUGUGCGACCCUUCAACUCCCGGGAAAUCGCCCGGGAGUCAAAAUGCAUCAUCGAAAUGGCUGGCAACACGACCUGCAUCACAAACCCGAAGGUACCGCCCGGUUCGAGCGAAUCGGUCAAACGCUUCAACUACGAUUACUCCUACUGGUCACACGAUCCACGCGAUUUGGAAUUCUCUACACAAGCCAUGGUGUACUCCGACAUUGGCGAGGAAAUGUUGCAACACUCGUUCGACGGCUACAACGUUUGCAUAUUCGCGUACGGACAAACGGGCGCUGGCAAAUCGUACACCAUGAUGGGCAAACAGGAAGAUGGCCAGGAGGGCGUGAUACCGAUGAUCUGUAAGGAUCUGUUCCGCCGAAUACAGGAAACAGAAAGUGACGAUCUGAAGUACUCGGUGGAGGUGUCGUACAUGGAGAUUUAUUGCGAACGCGUUAGAGAUCUGCUGAACCCGAAAAACAAAGGAAAUCUAAAGGUGCGCGAACAUCCGCUGCUCGGUCCUUACGUAGAAGAUCUAUCCAAACUGGCUGUCACGUCCUACCAAGACAUACACGACCUGAUCGAUGAGGGCAACAAAGCACGUACUGUGGCCGCCACUAACAUGAACGAAACGAGCUCAAGAUCGCACGCUGUGUUUACGAUUUUCUUCACCCAAAAGCGUCAGGAUCGCAUGACCAGUCUCGAAACGGAGAAAGUUUCGAAAAUUAGCCUGGUCGAUUUGGCUGGUUCUGAGCGGGCCGAUUCGACGGGCGCCAAGGGCACUCGUCUGAAGGAGGGAGCCAACAUUAACAAGAGUCUUACCACGCUGGGCAAGGUCAUCUCGGCGCUGGCCGAAAUUGCAUCAAAGAAUAAAAAAUCGAAGAAAGCGGAUUUCAUUCCUUAUCGCGAUUCGGUGUUGACAUGGUUGCUGAGAGAAAAUCUUGGCGGUAACUCUAAAACCGCCAUGAUUGCCGCGAUAUCGCCGGCCGAUAUCAACUACGACGAAACACUAAGCACAUUGAGAUAUGCCGAUCGCGCGAAACAGAUCGUCUGCAAGGCUGUCGUCAACGAGGACGCCAAUGCGAAACUUAUUCGCGAACUCAAGGAAGAAAUACAAAAGCUGCGCGAGCUUCUCAAAGCCGAAGGUAUCGAGGUGCAGGAAGGACCGGACGGUAAAGUGGUUUGUGAAAAGCGAGAUGCUAAUAAGGACGAAUGUCUCAUCAAGUCGGACAAAAUCGAGUCAGUUGGCGGUGUCGUCAUUACCGAGGAAGGUGAAGAUGGCGAGAAGAAGAUUCAUUCGCCGAAUCGCAAUCGCAAACGCACCGGUUCAAGCACGGAAAUGGCAGUUGAUCAGCUGCAGGCAAGCGAAAAGCUUAUCGCCGAGCUGAAUGAAACAUGGGAAGAGAAGUUGAAGCGAACGGAGCAGAUUCGUGUGCAGCGGGAAGCCGUCUUUGCCGAGAUGGGUGUGGCCGUAAAGGAGGACGGUAUUACUGUCGGUGUGUUCUCGCCGAAGAAAUCGCCCCAUCUGGUGAAUCUCAACGAGGAUCCAACACUGUCCGAGUGUUUGCUGUACUACAUUAAGGACGGACUUACCCGUCUCGGUACAUCGGAAGCGAACGUACCGCAGGACAUUCAACUGUCCGGCUCGCACAUCUUGAAGGAGCACUGUGUGUUCGAGAACAAGGAUGGCGUGGUUACGCUGGUACCGCACAAGGAUGCGCUGGUGUACGUGAACGGUCGAAAGGUAAUCGAACCGGAGGUAUUGCAAACUGGUUCACGCGUUAUCCUGGGACGCAAUCAUGUGUUCCGGUUCACGCACCCGGAGCAAGCGCGUGAGAAGCGUGAAAAAAAUAAAGAGGUCGAUGUGUGCGAAACGCCGGGCAACAGUGGCGAGAUUGCUGACUGGAACUUUGCCCAGUGUGAAUUGCUGGAAAAGCAAGGCAUCGAUUUGAAGGCGGAGAUGGAAAAGCGUUUGCUGGCGCUAGAGGAACAGUACAAGCGCGAAAAGCGGGCUGCCGACCAGGAGUUUGAAGAGCAACGCAAGACGUAUGAGGCCAGAAUCGAUGCACUUCAGAAGCAAGUUGAAGAACAGUCCAUGACAAUGUCGAUGUACAGCAGCUACAGUCCUGAAGAUUUCCACCAAGAAGAGGACAUCUUUGUCAAUCCACUUUUCGAGUCCUGUUGGACAGCACGCGAAGCCGGGUUAGCCGCAUGGGCAUUCCGAAAAUGGCGUUACCAUCAGUUUACGUCACUUCGUGAUGAUCUCUGGGGCAAUGCAAUAUUCCUGAAGGAAGCCAAUGCAAUUUCGGUUGAAUUGAAGAAGAAGGUUCAAUUCCAGUUCACGCUUCUGACAGACACUCUGUACUCUCCGCUGCCACCGGAAUUGACACCCGCACCGGCCGUAGGAGCCCUGACAAACGGUGGUCAGGAAGAUGAGUUUGGCCAGACGCCCAUUCCAAGAACGAUUGUGGCGGUAGAAGUUACCGAUACAAAGAAUGGAGCUACCCACUACUGGAGUCUGGAAAAGUUGCGGUAUCGGUUGGAACUGAUGCGGCAAAUCUAUAAUACAUCCGACACUUCUCCGGAGCUGAUGAGCUUUGUGCUCGAGCUGUCCAGUGGUGAGCACACACCGGAGUAUACCGGCACACAGUAUCCAGGGUUCGCACAACCGCCGAUGUCGGCCUCGAGUCAACAGGACCAUCAGUUACUGGAACAUCCUGCGGCAGCACGGUUGUUGGCGGGACUAGCGCCUAACUGUGAUGCUAGCAAAUGUUUGACCUCACCAACGAAUUCGGUUUCAUCCAACUCGUCAUCAUCCGGUGGUACUGCAUCGCCACCUUCACCGCCGUCCGUUAUCUACGACGGAGGUGCAGUUAUGCCCGCCAGUAGCGGUGGUUGUGGCAAAGCAGGCACGAGACUAACUCUGGCUAAUUUGAUGCCUUCUAGGCAACGUCUCGAACUGAUGCGUGAGAUGUAUCACAAUGAAGCCGAGCUCAGCCCAACAUCACCGGAUUACAACGUUGAAAGUUUAACCGGCGGUGAUCCGUUCUAUGAUCGUUUUCCGUGGUUCCGGAUGGUCGGCAGAUCGUUCGUUUACUUGAGCAACCUACUGUAUCCGGUUCCUCUAGUGCACAAGGUGGCGAUUGUGAAUGAACGUGGCGACGUCCGUGGGUAUCUGCGCGUUGCCGUACAACCCGUGAUGGAUGAAGAGAAUGCGGACUUUAACAACGGCGUUAAGCAAUCCGCUCGCAUCUUGUUCGAUGAGGAACAAAACGGACAGCAUAAGGUGCCAAAGAUCCGCACCAUUCCCGAUAAGGAUGAAAAGUACAUCGAGGGAGGCAACGAAAUGGGCACUAAGUUGGAGGAAUUGGAGCAGGAAGACGCAGAUUCCGGACGUGGUGAUUCGAGCGUUGCUUCCGAGCUGCACGAAUCGAACGACCAGGAACCGGGCGAACAUUUGCAACCGGGCAAAGAGUUUACCUUCCGUGUGACCGUACUGCAGGCGACGGGCAUUGCUGCCGAGUAUGCCGAUAUAUUCUGUCAGUUUAACUUUUUGCAUCGACACGAGGAAGCAUUUUCAACGGAACCGGUAAAGAACUCUGGCUCGGGAGCACCGCUUGGAUUCUAUCACGUACAAAAUAUCACAGUCCCGGUAACGAAAUCUUUCAUCGAAUAUCUGAAAACACAACCGAUAGUUUUCAAGGUGUUCGGUCACUAUCAGCACCACCCGUUGCACAAGGAUGCCAAGCAAGACUGUCAGAUUACUAGGCCUCCACCAAGGCGCAUGUUGCCGCCGAGCAUUCCGAUCAGCCAACCGGUUCGCAGCCCCAAGUUUGGACCAUUACCGUGCCCACCAUCAUCGACGGUGUUGGCGAAGCAUGAUGUCCUCGUAUGGUUCGAAAUCUGUGAACUGGCUCCGAACGGUGAAUAUGUACCGGCGGUCGUCGACCACAGCGACGAUCUGCCUUGCCGUGGACUAUUUUUGCUUCACCAGGGCAUUCAAAGGCGCAUCCGUAUCACGAUCGUCCACGAGCCGACACCUGAAGUCAAAUGGAAGGAUAUACGCGAACUAGUUGUCGGACGUAUUCGCAACCAGCCGGAACCGGCCGAGGAUGAGGAUUCGGACUCGUGCGUCUUGUCGCUCGGAUUGUUCCCGGGCGAGGUUUUGGAGGUCCCUGGAGAUGAUCGGUCGUUCUUCCGCUUCGAAGCUGCCUGGGACUCGAGUCUGCACAAUUCGGCAUUGCUCAACCGUGUUACACAAACGGGUGAACAGAUUUACAUAACGCUGAGCGCAUAUCUUGAGCUUGAUAACUGUGCUCGACCGGCCAUCAUUACGAAGGAUCUCAGCAUGAUUAUCUACGGUCGUGACGCUCGCACUGGACCACGUUCGCUUAAGCAUCUGUUCUCGGGACAGUAUCGCAAUCCGGAAGCCAAUCGCCUGUCGGGCGUGUAUGAGCUUUCGCUGAGAAGAGCUUCUGAAGCAGGUAGUCCAGGUGUUCAACGUCGACAGCGCCGUGUUCUGGAUACCAGCUCCACCUAUGUGCGGGGUGAGGAGAAUCUACACGGCUGGCGUCCUCGCGGAGACUCACUCAUCUUCGACCAUCAGUGGGAACUGGAGAAGCUGACACGGUUGGAGGAGGUUGGUCGCGUAAGACAUCUGCUGCUGCUGCGCGAACGACUCGGAAUGGACACGACACCGAACCCAACCACCAAAACAGAAAAGGACGUUUGCAAUCUCGCUCAGCGUGCUAGUGCAUCGCCGGUGCACAUGGUUAUUCCACCAUCACCGCAAACGCCGGUCAAAGAUCAGCAGACACCAGCAAUGGUGGAACGGGACCUGUCUGCCCGCGAAUCAGAGUUGGUGUGGAAGUGUGUGAAACUAAUCCAGGGUCGUAUCGGUAAUAAGGAACUAGGCGCGGACGGUAAUGGCACCAGUGCGCAACCAUCCGAUGCUUCACCGGGUGACGAGGGAUGUGCGGACAUGAACGCAAGCUACAUUUCAAGUAACUCGAUCGAACUGUGCUCACCGGAACGGGUAGAUGUACCGAAUGGUUGGGAAGCACCGGCACCGGCACCACAAACACAGGAACUGUCACUGCGACUGUAUGUGCCAGAGCUGGAGGAAAUUCGCGUCAGUCCGGUAGUAGCUCGCAAGGGUUACCUGAACGUGCUCGAACAUGGCGGCUCGGGUUGGAAAAAGCGAUGGGUAACCGUGCGUCGACCGUACGUUUUUAUCUUCCGUUCCGAUAAGGAUCCGGUGGAACGGGCCGUUUUGAACCUGGCCACCGCACAGGUUGAAUGCAGCGAGGAUCAGGCAGCGAUGGUGAAGGUUCCGAACACAUUUAGCGUUGUCACCAAACACCGAGGAUACCUGCUGCAGACACUUGGUGACAAGGAAGUCCACGAUUGGUUAUACGCAAUCAAUCCACUGUUGGCUGGCCAAAUUAGAUCCCGGCUGGCCAGGAAAAACAUUUCCAGCAUAAGCAGUAACGGAAGUGGUGCCGGUGAUCAGCAACAGGCAACGACGGGCGGGUCCGCACUGGCUGUAGCAGCUGCCCAGGGCAAUGGAGGUGGCAGUAGCUCCGGGGGCAAAUGAGACACAAUAACGAUGGAGUCCGUGCUGGUAUACUAAACGACUGGGCUGCGGA